GGCUCGCAGCCCAGGCUGCCGCUUUGGAGCUGGGCAGCUGCCCCUUAGGCUGGGGAACCAGUUAACCCAUGUACUCGAGGAAGAGCCUGGCCUGCCUCACCUUCUGUACCUGCUAUCUGGCUUCUUACCUCACGAACAAGUAUGUCCUGUCGGUCUUGAAAUUUACCUAUCCUACAUUAUUCCAAGGGUGGCAGACAUUUCUAGGUGGCCUCUUGCUUCAUGUGUCAUGGAAACUGGGCUGGGUGGAGAUCAACAGCGCUUCAAGAGCUAAUGUUUCAACCUGGCUUCCUGCUUCACUGCUGUUUGUGGGGAUCAUCUAUGCUGGUUCCAGAGCCUUGUCCAGACUGGCCAUUCCUGUGUUUCUCACUUGGCACAAUGUGGCGGAGGUGAUCAUCUUGGGGUACCAGCAGUGUCUGUGGAAAGAGAAAACUUCUCCUGUAAAGAUCUGUAGUGCCCUCUUCCUCGUGACCGCUGCCGGAUUCCUUUCCUUCAACGACCCACAGUUCAAUCCGGAUGGCUAUUUCUGGGCUAUCAUUCACUUAUUCUGUGUAGGGGCUUAUAAGACACUACGGAAGUCCCAGAAACCCAGUGCAUUAAGUGACCUUGACCAGCAGUACUUAAACUAUAUAUUCAGUGCUGGGGUCCUGGUGUUUGCAGCUCAUCCUACAGGUGAUCUCCCCAAUGUCUUGGACUUCCCGUUUCUGAAUUUCUACAGAUUCCAUGGCAGCUGCUGCGCCAGUGGAGUGCUGGGCUUCUUCCUCGUGGUCAGCACCGUGAAACUACGAAGCCUCAUGGCCCCUGCACAGUGUGCAGCCUGGAUUUUCUUUGCAAAGGUAAUCACAGCAGCUGUAUCAAUAUUGCUGUUUGAUGUAAUCCUGACCAGCGCCACUGUGGGGUGCCUCCUGCUCGGUGCACUCGGUGAGGCCUUGCUGGUCUUCUCUGAACGGAAGAUCUCCUGAAGGAACUCCCGGACUGCCGCCUGGGGAGCAGGCCAGCAUGAGACACCUGUGGAG